AUGGCAGUUUUCUCAAAGUUUGAGUGUAACGUAUGUGGAAAUUCAUACAAAACAAGUAGAGGAUUAGCAAAGCAUCUUAGUAUUGUUAAAAAAUACAAUGCUUCACGUCCAGAUCUUGAUACUUUGCCAGAAAAUACUAUACAACAAUUCAAGGAUAUUUUAGUUCAUUAUAUUCACAAACGAUUACCAAGAGGAUAUAAACAAUUAGGAAAACAAACAGUAUUAGUUCCUGCUACUGAAAGUCAAUUUUAUUCAAUAUUUCAAAAUCAUAUACACUUUUACUCGGCAACAAAAAGUAAAUAUAAAUGCAUAUUUCAUGGAAGCUCAUCUAAUCAAUUAUUAGCAAAUAUUUUAAAUGUGCAAGAUUGGGGAAUUAAAUUCUAUGAUCAACAACAAUUUGAAUGGAAAAAACAAAAAAAUACUGAUUUUAAUGGUCAUAUUACUCAA